CCCCCACCGCCCGGGAGGGUGCCUGCCAGCUCGUGGGCCAUGUCCGGCUUUCCCACGUGGUCGGCCGUCCCCGCGACCUCUUUGUGGAGAGCGUGGUGGUUACACGGGCGCUGCGGGGCCAGGGCUACGGGCGGCAGCUGAUGGAGGCCACUGAGCGGUGGGCCCGUGCCCGGGGCUUCAUCUGCCUGCACCUCACCACCCACGACAAGCAGCAUUUCUACGCCCACCUGGGCUUCGUCCUGGGCGAACCGGUGCAGAGCGUGCCCUUCCUCAGCCCCGCCAUACCUGCCGUG